AUGUGUCAGACCAAUUCAGAUCAUUUCACUGAAGCUCAUCUCAAACGCAGUACUUGCUACCAGUCUGCUGACAAAAGCUUUACCAUGGGCUGGGAUAUGAAUAACUCAACUGAUUACUGGACUGAGGAUGAGGAGGAUGAUCUCAACUCUGUUAUAGAUUACAAUACAUACGAGCUUCUCUGUGAAAAAAGUGAUGUGAGAAACUUCAGUAAAUUAUUCCUUCCUGUGUUCUAUGCAUUGGCUUUCACUGUCGGAGUCGCUGGAAAUUCAUUAGUGGUUGCAAUUUAUGCGUACUGCAAGAAACCGAAGACAAAGACAGAUGUGUACAUCAUGCAUCUAGCCAUUGCUGACUUGCUUUUGCUCUUUACACUCCCUUUUUGGGCUGGAAACGCGGUGCAGGGAUGGGAACUUGGAAACCCAAUGUGCAAGCUCACUUCUUCUCUGUACACCAUGAAUUUCAGCUCUAGCAUGCUGUUCCUGGCCUGUAUCAGUGUGGAUAGAUACAAGGCUAGUUCUGAAUCCCGAGGUCAUAGAAGAAUUGGUAAACACUGCAGUGUUACCUGCAUCUGUGUCUGGCUGUCUGCCAUUUUCCUCAGUAUCCCUGAAAUGAUAUUUAAUCAAGUCAAGAAACACAAUGACAGGAAUGAAUGCCUCCCUGUAUUUCCAGUGAAUAUGGAAACACUCUUAAAAGCAACCAUUCAAAUCCUGGAAAUUAUCCUGGAAUUUCUGCUUCCUUUCCUAGUAAUGCUGAUCUGCUAUUCAGCUACUGCUCGAGCAAUCUUUAGAUCUGCAAAUCCUAAAAAAUCUAGACCUUUCACAGUUCUGCUGGCAGUAGUGGCUACUUUCAUUAUUCCCCAGCUACCUUACAAUGUUGUUAAGUUCUGGCGAGCCAUAGAUAUCAUCUACAUGUUGAUUACUGACUGUGAUGCAAGUAAAACCAUAGAUAUUGCACUCCAGGUCACCAAGAGCAUAGCUUUGUUUCACACCUGCCUGAACCCUCUUCUCUAUGCUUUUCUGGGUGCCUCUUUUAAAAUGCAUAUUAUGAAAAUUGCAAAAAAUUAUGGAUACUGGAAAAGACAACAAGAGAAUAGAAGACCUGAAGAAAUUUCUAUUAAUUAUGAAGACCAUACUGAAGAAACAACUAGUUUCACUAUAUAGACUCUCCAUUACUUUCAUUAUCUUAUAUAACCAAGGGAAUUAUUUACUAACUGUGGGGGUAUUGUUUCAGCAUCUGUUUCUCUGCAAGUCAACUUUCAGAUGAAUUUCUGAACCAGCAGGCUAGCCAAGACACUACAGUGCAGUUCAAAGUGGAAUGUGUUGAUCAAAAUUCAAAAAUCAGGCAAGAACUAAAUAGUGAAGUUCCUAGAAACAACUAGAGAUUUUUA